CUCCUGUCAGAUACACACAUCCGACUCGCAGAAAGACGCAAAGACUUGCUCAUCUCUUGAAGCUCUUAGGAAAAGGAGAAACUCACCUGACAACAAUGGACCCCUGCGAAUGCUCUAAGACUGGGACUUGCAACUGUGGUACCACCUGCAAGUGCACCAACUGCCAGUGUACCUCCUGCCAGAAGAGCUGCUGCGACUGCUGUCCACCCGGAUGCAGCAAGUGCGCAUCGGGCUGCGUGUGCAAGGGCAGAGCCUGUGACGCCAGCUGCUGUCAGUGAGCCGAAGCGACAGAAGAUACCUUCCUGUGAAUUCCCACACUUCUCCAACGUGAUCGUCCUUCUUGUGUUGUGCUUUUGACUCCUGUUUAGUUUUUUUGUAUUUAGAUGGUGUACCUGUUCAACUUGUAUUUUUUUACAUCUAAUAAAUGAUAUCAUAACCAACAUCAA